CCGCCUCUGCCCCUCCCAGCGCUGCCUGGAAGUGUGGGGUGAGAGCUCCUCCUAGGACACCCCUUCCCCUUGGGGAAAAAAUUGCGCCCCCCCAGGCUCUACCCAGGAGAGGACCCUCUGCUUCUUCCUCAUCAACACCCGCCCUGAGGCAGAGAGUGCCUCUACCUGCGUCUCCACCUGCCUGGCCCCAGGGCCCACUGGCCCCCCCGGAGCGGUCAAGCUGAGAUGACGGUCAAGCUGGAUUUCGAGGAGUGUCUUAAGGACUCACCUCGCUUCCGUUUUUCCUGUCUGUACCCUCGACUCCCUAACUCCGAUCUCUGACCCUGCUGAGUCGGACAGACCACAUGGACCCAAGCUCUGUUCCUGUGACCCCAUCCCUCCUUUCCCAGAGCGUCUAUAGAGUUGGUGGAAGCGGAAGUGUCAGAACUGGAGACCCGGCUGGAAAAGGUGAUCCUGACACGGAGAGCUCCUCAAACUGGGUAAUGGCCUCCUGGAGAGUGGGCGCCAUUACCUUGCUGCUGGCCACGCCUUCAUUGUUGGCAUUUGUGAUCUGGCCCGCCUGGGUCCACCAGAGCCCAUGAUGGCGGAGUGUCUGGACAAAUUCACUGAGAGCCUCAGACACAAGCUGGACAGCCAUGCGGAUCUUCUAGAUGCCACCCAGCACACACUGCAGCAGCAAAUUCAAACCCUGGUCAAGGAAGGUCUCCGGGGUUUCCGAGAGGCUCGCCGGGAUUUCUGGCGGGGGGCUGAGAGCCUGGAGGCUGCUCUAACCCACAACGCAGAGGUCCCCAGGCGCCGGACCCAGGAGGCAGAAGAGGCAGGAGCUGCUUUGAAGACUGCUCGAGCUGGGUACCGGGGACGGGCACUGGAUUAUGCCCUGCAGAUCAAUGUGAUUGAGGACAAGAGGAAGUUUGACAUCAUGGAGUUUGUGCUGCGUUUGGUGGAGGCCCAAGCUACCCAUUUCCAGCAGGGCCAUGAGGAACUGAGCCGGCUGGCCCAGUAUCGCAAGGAUCUAGGUGGCCAGUUGCACCAGCUGGUCUUGAAUUCAGCUCGAGAGAAGAGGGACAUGGAACAGAGACAUGUGCUGCUGAAACAGAAGGAGCUGGGUGGGGAGGAGCCAGAACCAAGCCUAAAGGAGGGGCCUGGUGGCCUGGUGAUGGAAGGACAUCUCUUCAAAAGGGCCAGCAAUGCAUUUAAGACCUGGAGCAGACGCUGGUUCACUAUCCAGAGCAACCAACUGGUUUAUCAGAAGAAAUACAAGGACCCUGUGACUGUGGUGGUAGAUGACCUCCGUCUCUGCACGGUGAAGCUCUGCCCGGACUCUGAGAGGCGGUUUUGCUUUGAGGUGGUGUCCCCCAGCAAGUCCUGCCUCCUACAGGCUGACUCAGAGCGCCUCCUGCAGCUGUGGAUUAAUGCUGUGCAGAGCAGCAUCGCCACAGCCUUCAGCCAGGCACACCUUGAUGACAGCCCCCGGGGUUCAGUCCAGGGCUCGGGACACCUGGCCAUUGGCUCUGCUGCCACCAUGGGCUGUGGCGGGACAACCAGGGGAAGGGAGCCUGGUGGAGUUGGGCAUGUGGCAGCCCAGGUGCAGAGUGUGGACGGCAAUGCCCAGUGCUGCGACUGCCGGGAGCCAGCUCCUGAAUGGGCCAGCAUCAACCUUGGUGUCACCCUGUGCAUUCAGUGCUCUGGCAUCCACAGGAGCCUUGGAGUUCAUUUCUCUAAAGUCCGGUCUUUGACCCUCGACUCGUGGGAGCCAGAACUAGUGAAGCUUAUGUGCGAGCUGGGAAAUGUAGUCAUCAACCAGAUCUAUGAGGCCCGUGUGGAGGCCAUGGCAGUGAAGAAGCCAGGGCCCAGCUGCUCCCGGCAGGAGAAGGAGGCCUGGAUUCAUGCCAAAUACGUGGAGAAGAAAUUCCUAACCAAGCUUCCUGAGAUUCGAGGGCGAAGAGGAGGCCGGGGCCCCCCCAGGGGGCAGCCUCCUGUGCCCCCAAAGCCUUCCAUCAGGCCCCGGCCAGGGAGCUUCGGAUCCAAGCCAGAACCCCCCUCGGAUGACCUGGGCAGCCUGCACCCUGGGGCCCUGCUGUUUCGAGCUGCUGGGCAUCCUCCGUCUCUUCCCACCAUGGCUGAUGCCCUUGCCCAUGGAGCUGAUGUCAACUGGGUCAAUGGGGGUCAGGAGAAUGCCACGCCGCUGAUCCAGGCCACAGCUGCUAAUUCUCUUCUGGCAUGUGAGUUUCUCCUCCAGAACGGGGCGAAUGUGAAUCAAGCGGACAACCACGGCCGGGGCCCGCUUCACCACGCAACCAUUCUUGGCCACACCGGGCUGGCCUGCUUGUUCCUGAAACGGGGGGCCGAUCUGGGAGCUCGGGACUCUGAAGGCAGGGACCCUCUGACCAUCGCCAUGGAAGCAGCCAACGCUGACAUCGUCACCCUGCUACGAUUGGCAAAGAUGAGAGAGGCCGAAGUGGCCCAGGGCCAGGCGGGGGACGAGACGUAUCUCGACAUCUUCCGCGACUUCUCCCUCAUGGCGUCGGACGACCCGGAGAAGCUGAGCCGGCGUAGUUACGACCUCCACACGCUGUGAUCCCAGGCAUUCGCGGGCCCGCAUCCCCGCCCCUGCCUCCCCGCCGUCGGCCCCUUCGCCAUUAAAGCCUUCGUGCUGUG